AUGAUUGCGAAUAAAACUUAUGAUCGACCUGAAACAAAAAACUUACUUGUGACAACUACAACAUCAUCAUCGAUAGUAGAAACAACAAAAACAUACGAUACGAUAAUUGUACAAGGUAAUCGUGAUAAUUGGAGUAAUCGAGUUGUCUAUCUAUUAUCAAUUAUUGGUUUUGUUGUUGAUCUUGGCAAUGUUUGGCGUUUUCCAACAACAUGUUAUCGAAAUGGAGGUGGUGCCUUUCUUAUUCCUUAUUUUACAUUUUUAUUUCUUGUCGGUCUUCCAUGCAUGUAUAUGGAAUUGGCUAUUGGACAAUAUCAUCGUCUUGGUUACAUUACAAUAUGGAAUAAAGUUUGUCCACCUUUGAAAGGUAUUGGUUAUGCAAUGUUAAUUAUUAAUUUCUAUGUUUUAUCUUAUUAUAAUACAAUUAUUGCUUGGUCAAUUCAUUAUUGUAUUGCAUCAUUUCGUGCCAUUGUACCAUGGACAUAUUGUAAAAAUGCUUGGAAUACAGAUCAUUGUUAUUCAUUACAUGAAACACAAAGUCUUAAUAUAACACAUAAUGCAUCAUGUUCAUCAGCUGAUGAAUAUUUUGAACGACGUAUGCUUAAAUCUCAUUUAUCACCAAGUAUUAAUCAAUUAGGUUCAUUACAAUGGGAAUUAGUUGGAUGUUCAAUGAUUGUUUUUCUUCUUAUCUAUUUAGUAAUAUUUAAAGGAGUUAAAACAGCUGGUAAAGCAAUAUGGUUUACAGCAUUAGCACCUUAUUUUGUACUUGCUAUAUUAUUAUUUCGUUCAUUAACACUUGAUGGAAUAUUUGAAGGUUUAAAAUAUUAUGUUAAACCAUCAUUUGAACGUUUAGGUGAAUAUUCUGUAUGGCAAGCAGCUGCCGUACAAAUAUUUUUUAGUUUAGGACCUGGUUUUGGUGUUUUACUUAGUUAUGCUAGUUUUAGUGAUACACAUGAUAAUGUUGCUAAUACAGCAUUAAUUGCUAGUUUAAUUAAUUGUUUUACUAGUUUAUUAUAUGGUACAGUUGUUUUUGCUGGUCUUGGAUAUUUAUCAUAUCGUUUAAAAAGUGAUGUUAAACAAUUUACGGAAAGUAAUAUGGGUCUUGUUUUUGUUGUUUAUCCUGAAAUUUUAACAUCAAUACGUGGUGCACCUUUUUUUUCUAUCCUAUUCUUUAUUAUGCUUCUUACAUUGGGACUUGAUAGUGUAUUUGCCGGUGCUGAAAGUGUAUAUACAGCAUUAUCUGAUGAAUUUCCAAUACUUGCACGUUCACCUCGUAUAUCACGUGCAUUUGUUGUAUUAAUCCCAUUUUUAGCAUCAAUACCAACAUUAACAAAUGGCGGAAAAUAUAUUGUUCAUUUUAUGGAUUUUUUUGGUACAUCACCAUCAAUAAUGUUUAUUGUUUUAUGUGAACUUAUUGCAACAGUAUGGCUAUAUGGAAUGGAUAGAUUUAAUGAAAAUGUUGAAACAAUGACUGGACGUAAACCAAGUAUUUAUUGGCGUAUUACAUGUCGUUAUAUAGCUCCAUUAAUUCUAUUUGUUCUUUAUGUAUGUUCAUUUAUUCAAUAUGAUAGUCAUGAAUUUACUUCAUUUGGUGAUAAAAAAACUGUUACCAGAGUAAGUAUUGCUGGAUGGACAAUGAGUACAAUAUCAACAUUACCUAUACCACUUUAUGCAAUUUGGUGGUUUAUAUUUCGACGUAAUACAAAUACGACUGAAGAAACAACAACAACAGUUAUUGAAGAAAAAAUGCCAAUGAAAACUACUGCUGAUGCAUAA